CUGCAACUGGCUCCCACCGACAACGCCUAUUUAUUGCCUGUUGGCCUUCUCCAUCGCGGAUGCAUCCCAGUCUCUCGAUCGGAUAGAGAUACUGCGUGCUAAGCGACAACCUUGAUACCCCCUUUCUACGAUAUCCACGGCCUCUGCUCAUCAUGGACGACCCAGCAAGCCGUGUUCCCGCGCAGUUGUUGCCGCAUAUGCAUCUGGUAUCGCGGCAUCGCUAUCCCCUCAUGCAUAUGAUGCCCACCGACACCGUCGUCGAAUACCUUCUCUCCGCAUCCAAGAUCGUUCGGGAGACGCAACCGAUGCAUUGGACGUUUCUCGAUGGUCCGCAGGACGGUACCGUGAUGCUGACCUGGCAGCCAUUGAACCAGUUGGGAACCAAUUUUGCCAGCGACGGCUAUGUCUGGGCUGACGUCGAACAAGCGUUUACCUUUGAAGCUCGCGGUUACAUGGUGGAAAUGUGGCUCCAUCGCAGCGGCUAUCACCCGCCUAAUGAGCCCGUGGCUAUGCAUUGUCGCAGACGUUACCGACUCCUCCCUUCAAAGGUCCCCAACCCGAAUGUGCCUCCACCCGACCCUUCAUUGUGGAUUGUUCACUACUCGAGAUCCCCCCCCUCGGAACAUGUCCCCGCGAAUCGGAUCCCCGUAUUACCCCAAGUCCAAAACAUGCUAGCCCAACGUCGGUUCCUGCAGAGCCAAGGCCAACUCGCGCGCAAGGACUUUAUGCUACACGAUCGCAACAACUGGCCCGCAAUUAAUUUCCCGCCGCAAAUGGCCCCGCAAGGCUUUCCUCAGAUUCCGGGCGCAUAUCCAAGUGCCAUGGUCGGACGCCAGCCGUACUAUCCCCCGCCUGGUCCGGGUGCCGCGCGCGGGCAUCGCGCUUCGUCCGCCGCAAUCAAUGCUGCCACAGCCGAUUUCGCCCUUGAAGAUGAAGAUAUCUCGACUGGGGAUACCAUGGACCUUCUUACGCCUCGGGAGAUCAGCAAGAUGAGAUACCAACAACAUCACGAGUGGAUGGAGGAAAUCUUCGCUUCACCCUAUGCCAUCAAUCAGAUCACCCCGGUUUCCCUGGGUCUGGGCCGGAAAGGCGAACUGGAGUCAUUGACGGCGGGAUUCUUCGAUGCACCCAUUGGACCCGCCAAUGGUGAGACGAAGGAUGCUAGCGCCUCCGCUCAGGCAGAGAAGAUGGAGCCUGCUAAGGCGGAGGAAUUUGCCGACCGUGUUGCUAAGAAGGUCGCCGAUAUGACUGCAGAGAUUGAGAAGUUGAAGAAGCGCCAUGCGCGUCGGAUGGAGAAGUUCAACCGCACAUCGUUGUUGAAGGAUGCGGAGCUCCGGCUGCGAGAAGCUGCAGCAGAUCCGGCCGAUACGGGCGCAGAAACAUGGAGAUUGGAAGGUCGUGUUGUGAUGCCCACAGAAGACGAUGACUCGCAGGCUCCUCAAGUUGAGAAUCCUGCUAAGUUCAAGGUUGACGAUAUUGUGCGGGAGGUCGAGAAGUCAUGGCAGCGGCCGAUCGUGCCGGAGCCCAAGAUCUCUUGCGUGCAGAAAGGUGGCUUGCUGGAGAAGAUCGAGCCAGAGCACAAGCCUGAAGUUCAGGUGGAAGGUGAUAUUGACAUGGGGAAUGCCAACAGUCAUUUCCUUGACCAACUGGGCUCGCCGCCUGCUUCGGGUGCUGUUCAGAUUCCAUCUACAGCCCAGGCACCACCAGUCGCACCUACGGUUCCUCCCACCACUGGUGUCCCGACUGGGGGUGUAUCCAUGCCACCGCAGCCGCAGCCCACGAUGAAUACUACGCAACAGGGUGCGUCUCUGGAUAUCGACAUGGACAUGGGUGAUGGACAGCCUUCGAACACGGCCGCUGGCGAGACGGGCGACUGGGUGAUGGUCAACGAUGAGAAGAAGGACCAGCCUGUUGCAGGCGACAGCUCUCUAGCCGGAAUUGGCACCCCGGGUAGUGGAAUGCAAGGCCUGACUCCCGGUAACGGAGGAAGUGCAGGAGACUCUGCGCUGGAUGGGGCCAACUUCGACUUCACCAAUAUGGACAGCGCAGGCGAUGCACUUGCGGCGUACAGUGAGCAGAACGACGGGCUGGAUCUACCAGACUUGGAGAACUCGGCCUUUGGGGAUGCAUUCCACGCAUCGGAUAAUGAAAACACGCAUCACCACGAUGCGGAUGAUAUGGCUUAG